AUGAGCCUCUUCGGGAAUUCAACUGCGACGCAGUCGCAGCCAGCGAAGACUGGCCUGUUUAGUUUCAACAAUCCUUCGAACAAUCAAUCCACGAAUCAGCCCUCACCUUCACCUUUCGGUCAACCACAGCCACAGGCGCAGCAGCAGCAGCAGCAACAGCAAGGCAAUGCCCCGAGCUUCAGCUUCGGCAACCCUCAAUCACAACCCCAACAGCAGCCUCAGCAGAGUGGUGGGCUGUUCGGUACGUCCACACAACCACAGCAAACACAACAGACGGGAGGUCUCUUUGGCGGAUUGUUCGGAAAUUCUACCCAGCCACAACAACAGACGGGAGGAUUGUUCGGAACUUCUACUCAGCCGCAACAACAGACGGGAGGACUAUUCGGAGCUUCUACCCAACCACAACAACAGACUGGCGGCUUAUUUGGAACCUCUACCCAACCACAGCAACAGCUGCAGCAGUCUCAGCAGCGUCCCCUUGAUCAGACGCUUCGAUUUGGCCAGUCGCAGCAAGAACAAACACCAUCUCAGGCAAUGUGGGAGGAAGGGCGAGGCCUCAAUCAAUUCAGAUCAAUUCCGGUACAAAUGAACAUUGUCAAAAACAAGUGGGAUCCUCAAAGCUUGUCAUCACCACUGCGGACGUAUCUGUACCAGCACGUUGAGACCGAGACGGAAGCGUUGAAAUAUAGGCCGGGUCCAGGAGAGGACGAAGACAAAUGGGAAGAGGCUGUCUCCAGUCGGCCGAGCCCUGAAUGGGUACCGCUUCUGAUUCAGGGAUUCUUUCAGCUUGGUCGGAAAGCUCAAAUCCAAAUGGAAGCCAUCCAACGAUGCAACAUGAUGCUACAAGAAAUCAAUACGUCGCUGGAUGUGCAGCUGGACAAGCACCGGCAGAACGUGGCUACAAGGCUUGAGGAGUGCAAAAGACGACAGGCGGCCACAGCCCGGAGGACAUUGGCGCUGGCAGUCAAAGUACAGAUUCUACGCAACAGAGGUUACGUGAUGGACAACACGGAGGAAGAACUCAAGACAAAAUUGGAGAAGCUCCAGCGAGAAGUCUUUGACCCGAGUCUAAAUGCCAGGGAACAGGAAGUAUGGGCUCGUAUGUUGGGCAUUCGGGAACGAGCGAAGAGAAUCAAGUUGGAAAUGGAAAAGCUCGUACCAGCCGCUAAUGAGGAGGACACAACGCUUGACGAGGAAACCGUGAAAGCGGCUAAAAAGACAUUAGAAGCAUACGACAUUCAACUGCGGCAUCUACAGAAAGAGCUGGAUCUAAUACAACAGGGGUUUGAGGACUGGGAGAAAAUAUCGAAGGAUCGAGAUAAUGACAUUCCCCGGCGCAGAUGA